AUGACACGAAAGGGUCAGCCCAAGGUCCGGACUGGGUGUUUGACGUGCAAGUCGCGCAAGGUGAAAUGCGACGAGGCAAAGCCGGCGUGCGUGAGAUGCACCAGCACAGGCCGCAAAUGCGAGGGAUAUGCCGUCGUCGUCCCCAGCAACCGCGCCAUCGCCCGCGCCCGCUCGCGGACGACCCGGCUCAAGGACGCCCUCGCCCAGGCCCGUGCCGGCUGGGAGGGCGGCUCCGAGAGGGCCACCCUCGAGUACUUUGCCCGCGAUGUCGCCCCCAAGCUGCCCCAGAACCUCGAGAACCAGUUCUGGAACGUCGCCGUGCCGCGCAUGAGCCGCUCCGAGCCCGCCAUCCGCCACGCCAUGGCCGCCAUCGGCAACCUGUUCCCGCAGUCGUCGGCCUCGUCGUCGCCGAACGGCGGUAGCGGUGCCGGCGGCGGCUUCAACGAGCAGGCCGACGAGUGCUACGGCGAGGCCCUCCGCCUCAUCGCCAGGAAGGUGGCGCCCGAGAGGGACGGCGAGGAUGGCAGGGCUCGGUUCGAUGGCAAGCUCGCCAACAUCUCGGCCUCGGUCGGUUCCCUCAGCAACCGGUCCUCGCCGAGCCUGUCCUCCGUCGGGCCGGCCUCCGCCAUCCAGUCCCCGGCGUCUCUCACACCCGGCAUCAGCAGCAUACCGGAACUGGUCGAAGCAGCAGCAGCUAACGGCUCCGACGGCCACGCGUCGACGAACCCAUUUGCGACCCCGCCGAGCCAGGGAGACGAGGCCGGGUGCGACGAGGAGCCGAGCCAGCAUAACGACGUCGACGUCGUCCUGUCGUGCUGCAUACUCUUCAUCGCCACCGAGUUCCUGCGCGGCUGCCUCGACGCGGCCAUGCAGCACCUCGCCAAUGGCAUCAACAUCCUCAACAACGUCGAGUAUGACGAGCUGGACAGCACCACCAUUGACGAGAUCGUCCCCAAGUUCCACCGCCUCAGCAUCAUCCAGCUGUGCUUCUACGACAAACCCGGCUUCCCGUCCCUCAACCUCCAGCACGGCCCCGGACCCAGGUACAACCUCGGCCCCUUUGACAAGAGCAACAGCAUCUACCUCCCCAAGCGCGCCGUCGACCCCAUCAUCCUCGACGCCAUACGUUACAUCCGGUCCGCCGCGGACCCGGGCUCGCAGACGGACUCGCGCCUCGCGUCCAAGGGGCCCGUCAUGUCGGAAGAGCAGAAGCAGAUCUGCGCGUCUUUUGACCGGUGGCACGCCGCCUUCCUGGCCUUCGUCGAGUUCCCGCGCAAGCGCUCCGACCAGCCGCUGCCCAAGCACCAGGGGCUCAUCUGCGCCGAAACGGAGAUGAAGUACCAGACGGCCAAGAUCUGUAUUAGCGUCUGCCGCUCGCACGACGAGUCCGUCUACGACUACUUCAAGGAGCUGUUCCGUCGCAUCGUCACCCUCGCCCAGCUGAUCCUCGACAGCUGCCCGGACGACGUGGCACCGCCGCCGACGCCGCCCGCCGACGCCUCGUACAAGUUCGACUUCCGCGUAAGCUACCUCCCGCUCCUCGAGUUCGUCGUCGUCAAGUGCCGCUGGCUCGACAUCCGCUACGAGGCCUGGCUCAUCAUCUGGCGCCUCGCGACGGCCCGCGCCGAGUCCGUCGCCCGUGACAACCUGCACCUCAUCGGCCGGCGCAUGAUUGAGCGCGAGCACAACGUCAAGAUGGACGAGGUGACGCGCGACAACGCCGGCCUCUUCUCGCUUCCGGCCGAAGAGAUGCGCGUCAAGGACUACACCGUCGACGCCCGCUUCGCCGACCUCGUCACCACCGCCGCCGCCGCCGCCGCCGACCGCAAUGUUGAUGUGGACGGCGGGCCGGCCAAGGCGCAGGUCCCCUAUACGCAACGGCUGCUGCUCAGGUGCGGCAGCUGUGAGCUCGACGACCUCGCCGGGUGGAUGGAGAACAGGCCUUUGCCUUCUUCAUAG